GCUGUGAGGAGGACCACCACCACCCCACCACACCACUACAAGGCUUGUCGCUCAAUAUUGAACCUCGUACUUUAAUGUCGCACCUGGCUUAAUAUCUUCUAAUCUCAAAGUCAUCCUACAAUGUCCAAUGACAUCCAGAAGGCUGAUCAGAUAGCCUAUAGAUUCUAUGCCAAGCUCUGUCUCGUCGUCCACAAUGCCAGGUCAACCACAGAGCACAGGACACCGGCCAAAGUCGACAAAUGGUUCAACCUAGAAACACCCGACUACGACUUGUACAGGGACCCUCUGCGAAUCUACCGUUCCAUAUCAUCCUCGCCCCCUCCCAGCACCUUCGAGCUCCAGGUCCUUCUUACCGUCCCAGACCUGUCCUCUAACCAGGUCCUUGUCCAUCUCUCCCCAGACCACUCCCGUCUCCGCAUCGACCCGACACCACAGCAUAUCGUACUCGAGUCUUGGCUCGUCCACUUCUCCCCCUCCUCCCCUCAUCAUACGACGACGACACCCCCCACACCAGACCACUCAGACGAACAUCCAGGCGAUGUUGCUCCCUCCACAAUAUACAAACACGGAAUACCCCUCUUUCGGAGUCUUUAUACGUUACUUCGUAUCCUACCCACGUGGAAACUAUGCACGAGACUACGCAGGCGCAUGAGCGUCCCAUAUAGAAAUGCAAACCUCACCGUACAAUUGCGAAUAAGUGGAUCUGAUGCUGGAAUAGCACAUAUACUCGAGUUUGACGACCCCCCUGCAUUUAACAUUUCCCCGCUUCCUUACGAGACACACACCUUCCCUUCCAUUCCACACCCAAUGGGCAUGCUUUCUCUUUCCGCCAAAUACCUCACCUCGCCCAACUUCCAGGUCGACGAACUAGAAUCCCUCCUUUCAUCCCGCUUCCUUUCCCUCGACGAAGCUUCCGACUUCACACCAACUCUUGCAAAGAACCAAGCAAGAGAUUCCAUGUCCGGACUCGCCGGUCCAACCACGAGUUUACGUACCUCCCUCCCCAAGAGCCCGCCGUCCUCCAUUGCAGGACAGUUUAUCCUCCCGCCAACCGGUCAUCCCGGCACGCAUUCUCGCACACAGUCGCUUAGCUCUGUUCUGGGCAGUCAAAGUCCCAAGACGGGUCAUGCAGCGUUACCUAUUAGUCGUACCACCACAACUACUACGACAGGCGCUGGGUCCAGUUCGGCACUGUCGUUUACAUCGUCCAAACAAGAGGGAAGUGGGACGUGGUCUAAGGAAGUGGGUGCCCUGCCGUCUCUGACGCGUUUACGGAGGGAAAGCAUGAGCGCCACAGGACGCAGCACGACGGACCUCCCCGGCGCUCUUCCAAUCCGCAAGUCUGGUAUUAGUCCCGUGCAUCCAUUCAAAUCAUCUACCCUGUCCUCUGGCUCGCCGUCCAUCCAUUCCCCAUCACCCUCACUUCGCCAACCCUCGCCGCUUUCGGCCGGGAACAUCCUCCCCACGCUCCCGAGUCUCCCCACCCGUGUUCAGUCCUCUCCUCGCGCACCCGUCUCUCCGAUUGGACAAGGGGUGAGCGGACAUGGAGGCAAACCAUCUCCGCCUUUUGCACCGUCUUUGGGAGACCGGGAUAGACGGGGGUCUGUGGCGUCGGCGGAUGGAGUCGAGCUGACUGCUGGGUCGUUCGGUGCAACUGGUACUGGUGCUGGAAGUGGAGUGGCUGCAGGCACGGGCGCGGAUGCGAAUACCAGUCCAACCAUGCCUACCAAUGCUGGAACGUCGUCGUCGCCGAGGAUAGGCAGGGGACGGUAUAGGAGUAGUUUUGGACAUCGGUAUUCGCCAAGCGGGUCUGCUGGAGGUGGGGUUGGUGAAGGGAGUCCCGGGAGUGCUGGUGUUGGCACCCCCAGUGGAGGUCCCGCUAUCGAACACGACCGCGUACGCGAACUAUCAAGGGAAGGAGGUGGACAGCGCGAGCCCUCGCAGGAAGGAGUGGGCAAGGACGGAGGUGAGGGUGGUAGCAGGGCCCGCGAGAGAGGUCGAACGACCUCGUUUUUGGCAGCAUCGACAGACGAUGAUGAAUUGUCGAUGUUCGUGCAGGAAAUCGACGCGCGGAAACCGCUUACGUCGACAGCAGAAAGGUCGGCGGUGGGACGAUUGUCGCGUGACUUGCCGAGUAGUCUUGCUCGAAGAGGUGGCGAUCCCGGCGGCAGUAGGCGUAACUCGGGUGAUGCAGAUCAAGGUGGCAGCGAAACAGGUAUCGGACUGGGUAUCGGACUUACCGCCGGCAGAAGUGGCGGUGGCACGGACAAUUUGGAGACGCCUGGAAUGGAUAUCGCGACCGAUCGUCGUCGUCGGUCCUCGUCGUCGAUCAGUGCGGGGCCGAUGCUGACACGCGAAGCGGAGGUAGACGAGAAAUUGAAGCAUAUGAAUGAAAUGUUCUUGGCGUCAUUGGAGGGACUUGGGUAUGGGAUUGGAAGGAGGAGGUCGUCAGAGCAAGUGGGGGUCGGAACGAUCGGCAGGGAAAGGGACCGGUCACCUGGCGCUGGGAGUCUGGGAGGAGGAAGUGGUGGUGGGAGUGGUGGUGGGAGUUCGAGGGGGAGUGUAAGUGGUAGUGGAGUUCAGAGACCGAGAUUGGGAUCGAUGAGGUCACUGAGUGGGGGAGGGGAUGUUGCGUCGAGUGGAGGGUCUGCUGAGGUGAUUGGGAGGUUGGAGCUGGAUGGUGAGGAGUCCAGGAGGCGGAGGUGGGGCUCGGGCGAGUGAGUGAACGACACCAAGUAUAUCGUAUGGGUAAUCUGCGUUUGUCUUUUUUCUGUUUCUGACUGUUGUAGGCACGACCGACCCUCUGGCACAUAUGAUCAUCAUUUCACCCAUUCUAGUUGAUCUUCUCUUUUCUUUCUAUCACAUACCCCCCCGAACUGUGCAAAGCAUCUUUAUUUCCAUCGUAGUUAGUGUGUAUCUCAUGUUGUAGGCGAGUGGAUGUGGACGGGUCUUUUGUUAUGAACCACUUUGAGCCGUUAAACCCAAAC